AUGACUAUGGAACCGCCUCUUGAGACUGUAAGUCCGCAGUGGCGCGAACUUUUGGCGGCUGUGACCGAAGAUCCUUCGGAUUUCGCCAAAUGGGAAAAGUUGAUAGAGCUGGCAGAGGGUCUGGGAAACGGUAUCCAGUUGAGUUCUUCGCAGAAAGACAAACAAUUACUUCGGAGCACUUACGAGAAUUUCCUAGUCCAAUUUCCCCUAUGUGAGCAAUACUGGAUAAAUUUUGCAGAAUGGUGCUUCCGUUUGAAGUUGACAGGGGAUGCGACAGAUGUGUAUGAAAGGGCUUUAAAAAUCAUGCCUGGGUCUGUGUUACUAUGGACAAGCUACGUCAGGUUUCUGAAGCUUACAGACUUGGACAUUGAUGAUCUGCGUGCGCAGUUUGAAAAAGCCAGGUUGGCCAUUGGUUUUCAUUUUCACAGUCACGAAUUUUAUGAUGAGUACCUACAGUUCCUGAAGGAGAACGACAUGACAAGAGAGUAUCAUUAUUUGCUAAGAGUUCUCAUUGAAAUCCCACUAUAUCACUACAGCAAGUACUUUGAGGAGUACACGAGACUCAUAGAGACCAGCGACAUGAGAACGAUAAAAUAUAUCAUCUCCUCAGAGGACCUGGCUGCCCAGAAUUUGACCUGGCCCGAUAUAAAUCGCGAUACUAAGCGGUUCAAGGAACUCAGAGUUGUCUUGAGGAAAAGGUUUAUUGACGUGUAUAUAACCACGCAGUUCAAUGUGUACCAAUUGUGGCAGUUUGAGAAACGACUUUCCAGCUUCUUCUUCACGCCUGUGGAGCUCAAAAGAUCUGAAAUUGAUGCCUGGGAUGCCUACUUGGAGUAUUUGGAAAAUACAAACCUGAAGAAAGGACACACAAAAGAUGCUGUGAUAAGUCGGAUCAACGAUUCGAUUAUCGAGGUAGCGUAUGAGAGGUGCUUGAUAGUGACAGCCUUAUACCCUCAGUUCUGGGUGAAAUACUCAGACUAUCAUCUCAAUCACAACAGAAUUGACAAGGCUAUAGACGUGUUGAAAAGAGGCACUUAUCUGAAUCCUAUCACAAAUUUGAAGAUGCGCUCAAGACUGAUUGAUUUAGAGGUUUUGAACAAUCACCCGGAAGCCGCCAAGGAGAUAGCCGUGGAAUGGGUAAGUCUUCUUCCAAACUCAAUUGAGGUAUUUUUGAAGUUGCUAUCGGUUGAGAGCAUCACGUUUGACGAGAAGAAAAGUGGUUCAAAAUCAAACGCGGAGAGAGACCAGUACCUGUUGGAUUUGGUUCAAUUCAAGCUGGACGAGGUCAAAUCGUCUGGGGAAUCCGCCUUUGACGUUCUCUUCAGCGAACUACUCGACUUUCCAAUCUCGUUUCAAUCCCUUGUCGUGUUUUUCGAACGUCAUGCCGCUUCAAAGAAAUCUGAGCAUUUCUGGCGGGCCUUCUACACGUUGUUCAAUAAAUACGGGGAAUCCAAAGCUGGCGAUAAGCAUAGGCUGCAGAAACAGGCCAAGCUGAAGGAGAUAGAGGAGAAAGCAGUGGCAGUCCUAAGCGAGGCAGACUUCAGAAAGUUCCAGCGCCACGUUGGCUACGACGACGACGAUUUUGUCUGA